AUGGCAGUCCAAAGGGACUAUUAUGAUGACCUCGAGCUGCCUCGAGAUGCAGAAAUCAACGACAUUAAGAAGCAGUUCCGAAAGCUGGCUUUAAAGUACCAUCCCGACAGAAACCCGGGUCGGGAACAAGAAGUCAACGCCAAGUUUCAGAUUAUCCAGGCCGCACAUGAAGUUCUCUCGGAUCCGACAGAAAAAGCAAAGUAUGAUACGACUCUUGGGCGAUCUGCUGCCCGAGGCCCUGGCGCAUCUGGCGUAAGGGGCAAUCCUUGGGCAAACGCCGGCGCUCAGUUCCCGACGCCGCCUCGCCGGACGACUCCGGCGAAAAACGCUCAGCAGUCUGGUGCGCAACGGUGGCAGACGAGAUUCUCGACUGGCGUCCCACCUACAGCAAAACAAACACAUGGUCUAGAUCCAGAAGCUAAAAAGAACGCUGCCAAGGCCUUUGAGAAUAUGCGCAAGCACUCCCAGCGAGAGCCGCGAUCAUCCGAACCUCCUCCUCCACCGCCUCGACAACCCCCGCGCACCGAAUCCGCUAGACAACGAGCAGAAGCAUCUUUCGGCUCUAGGAAGUCCGGGUACUAUCCUCGCUCAACCGUGCCUGGCGACGAGCCCCCUGUAACCAGGCAGAAUUACUCAAGCACCGAGCGAAGGGACGUACCUCCUCCUCCCCCUUUCCGUCCUGGUCAGAAACCCAUGCCCGAUCCUCUGAGUCAGUUUAGAGACAAGAAGCCUUCCUUCGAUACCCAUCAGGAGGACCAGCAGCAAAGCUCCGGCUUUCCCGGUAAUCCAAACCCAGCAAGCAGCGAUCGUAACACCGAGAGGCCUGUGCAAGGCGAUGGUCAGACGCACCGGGCAGACCAAGAGGUGCCUCCAUAUACCGCAAACUCAUCGAGACCCGGUGCCGAGUCUGGACCAGCGGUCAAUCGAGCUUCUUACCAAACAAAGUCGGCAUCUACCACAGAUCCUAAGACAGCUAUUAACGGAGACGGACCUUCAAUAUUUAGCAUCCCAGUUGAUGAUGACAUUUUCAGCCACUCAGGCACGACAUCUGGAGGUCAUGGCUUUACAAAGAGCAGCUUGGAUGAUAUAAACACGAAUUUUGUCAAAGACCAGGACCCUAAUACCUGGCAGUUCAGAGCUUGCACAGAAGAAACCGAUGCAAAUGCCGAGAGCGGUUUCAAUCCCCAAGGAUGGAGUGACAAGUUCGGCCCACAGACAUUUGUUCCUCAGCAAGCGCCUGCCCCGUCAGCUUCGCCGACACGUGCCAGCAGUCGUGGCAACUCCAAGAGGAGUAGGACAAAGGCUACCGGAGCAACAGCUGUAGCAGUUGAGGAGGUCAGCAGCGACGAGGACAGCUACGAGUGGCGCGGGAGGAAUGCAAAUGCACCACCGGGUCCAACAGCAACAGACGGUCCGCAAGCCAUGGACAUUGAUUCAUCAUGCCAGCCUUCUGCUGCUGAGGAGGCUCAGGCUCAAUCAGUGCGGAACAUACCUGUCGAACCGUCCCGGCCAGAAUGGCGUGCUGGCAACCUAGACGGGAUGUCUCAGGGCACAGCAGCGCCGCGACCGGCUGAUAUUCCUCUGUAUUCCAAUGCUGCCGGGUCGGAAGACAGCGACGAGUUCAGAACUACCUUUGCAGAGUUGAAAAACGUGGCACCCUUUUCUCAGCAAGGGGAAGGACUGGCGUCAUUGGGCGGCCUGAAGGAUAACUUGCCGUUUGACAGCAAGGCCUCGGAUGUUCCUCCUGUAACCUUGCCAAGAACACAACCUCUGGCAUUUCCCGCCGCUCCAGUGGCACCCCGGCCACCACCUGCACUUGCAGUUGAAGGAAUGACACCGACUGCAGCCUCCUGGGCCAAGUACCUCACUGAGUUUGGCCAUUACUUAACAUUGUGGGAUUCCUUCAACGGCCAGGUCGUUGACCAUUUCGCCACUAGAAAGUCUCUCAUCGCUGAUAUGCGGGCAAGCAAGGGAUACGGUUUUCUGGGGACUCGUGGAGGCGGGGAAUUACAAGAGUAUUACAACUGGGUUCAGCAGGAUAACGACGUACAUGGACGAUGGAUGAAGGAAUGCGAGGAGCACCAAGGUCGUCUGCAAGAAUUUUUAGCGUUUAGAGACAAGAUGAAAGGUGUUUACACCUGA